AUGACCAACCAACAAAUUUCACCACCACCCCGUGAUUUUCUUUGUCCAAUAACCCGAGAAAUUAUGCAAAAUCCUGUGUUACUUAUUGAAGACGGUCGUUCAUAUGAAUUAUAUGCUUUACAACGUUGGUUACGUGAUCAUAAUUCAUCUCCAAUGACAAAUAAACCUUUACGUGAUCGUCGUUUUGUACAUAAUUAUAAUUUAAAAAGUGCUAUUGAAGAAUAUAAUGCUCAACUAGAGACACUUUCUUUAGCAAAUAGAUUUCUUUCGUUUAAUAUUCGUUCUGGUCGUAUACCAUCAGAAUGGAAUAAUAAACCAACAUUAAAAAUUCGUCUUAGUCUUCUUGGUGGGUCGAAUGUAGGUAAAACAACACUUGCUCGUUAUCUUCAAUAUGGUGUUCAAUCAUCCUUUGUACAUUUAAAUACUUCAGCAACAGUGGGACCUGAUCUUGUUUUUUUUUAUUUGGAUCAAUUAUUUGAAAAUAAAUAUGUUAUGAUUAUUCAACUUUCUGAUAUACCCGGAAUGGAACGAUAUGAAUCAUGUUGUGAUAAUCAUUUUCGUAAUUGUCAUGGUGCACUUUUAUUAUCAGAUUCAACAGAAAUUGAUUCACUUGAACGUACUGAACUUUAUUGGUAUAAACAAUUACAAAUAAAAGGAAAAGAAUAUGUUGAAGCUAUACUUGUUUGUAAUAAAAUUGAUCUAUUUGAAGCAAAUUGUGAUGCAAAAUAUCGACGAAUUUUUUUUCAACGUGCCGAACAUUUUGCAUCAACACAUAAUAUGCCAAUUUAUCAUAUAUCAGCAUUACGUGGUGAUAACAUACAAUCGAUGUUUAAACAAUUAAUACUACGUAUUUUACAAAAUAAUGCAUUAUUACAACAUAUUAAAGAAACCAAUCUUGUUCAUGAACAAACAUUAAAUAAUAAAGAUUCAGUACGACGUACAUCAUCCAUUCAACUUUCAGCUCAACCAUCAGCAUCAUCGAUACAAAAUGAUGAUGACGAUGACAGAACUUCAUCGGGAGAUUGCUGUAAAUUUGCUUGA